AUGCAUGAAAACAAUGAAGGGAAUCCUUUUCUCAAUCUCUCAUCCGAUCUUCAUUGUUAUAUUUGUUCAUUUCUUCUCGGAGAGUUAUUCAACAAUUAUCAAGAACGCAAUGAACAAAAACUCAAGUUUUCCACCACUCGUAAAUCACACCGAUGGUUUCAAAAUGGUAAAUCAUCAAAUAUUUCAACUAAUUCGAGUGUUGGACGUUUUUUGAAUUUUCCAUCAUUGAAUAAUGAUCAUGAUGGUCAUCAGAGAUUUUAUUUAAAUUCUCCAUUGAAAUUGAAUGGAAUGAUGAUGUUAUUUUCAUUGAAGAAUACAUGUAGGAGAAUGUUUGAAUUUGUGAGUGAGAGUGAAGAGUUGUGGCAUUCGAUAUUGAUUUCCUUUCCGAUUAGUUUGGGUUUUAAGAGUGGACAUGAGAAAUCUUGGAUGAUGAAUAUGAAUUUGGAGGGAUAUUAUUUGUUGGAUGGAGAUGGGAUUGAUGUGAUUCAGAGAGAGAAUAUGGUUGCAGAUGUGUUGAAUAUUUUGUUUUUAUUGAACAAGUUGUGUCAUGUAAAGAGGGUCAUUAAGAGAAUUUCAAUUGAUUUUACAAUGAAAUCAUUGUAUUCUGAUAUGAAUUCUAGAUUGGAGCUAUUGAAUAUAUCACAGAUUAAUGGGGAGAGCCCUGCAUUGUCUUUCAUGUCCUACAUCUUUAAGAGUUUGGAAGAGUUGAUUUUAUUACCAAACAAUGAAGAUAAUCAAUCGAUGGCAUUGGAUUUGUCUCUGAAACAUCCUUUCAAGAAAUUGAAACAUUUGGUUAUUGAUGCAGAACUUGCUUAUUGCUUGGAUUUUAUCAAAUAUCACAUUGCAACCCUAGAAAAUAUAACCUUUGUAAAUAAGGGAAAUAAUUUCAGAAUUAUUAAUAAUAUUAUGGUAGGCUUGUUGAAUAGAGGAAUAAUAGAAUCAGAGAUUUUGGAGAGUGUGGAAUUUGUUGGCACAGUGGAUUUAAGAUAUAUAGCUACAGUUCAAAUGGAAUAUGUGAAAAAGUAUGGAGCCAAUGCUACAAAAUAUUUAUCAAAAAUCAAGAAUCUUUCAAUAUUCCAAUUUACAAAUGAGGCGGAAUUGGGGCAUGAAUCUAAUCAAAUACUUCUAUCCAACAUGGUGGAAUUGACAUUAGUUCAAUAUCAGGGAGGAGAUUUUCUAGAUUUGAGUAAUAUGGAUUUUCCAAAUUUAAAAAUAUUGAAUAUGAAAGGAUGUAUGCAAACACUCAAUUUGAAAGGGAUGGACGCUAGAUCACUAGAAUCCCUCCAAUUGAGAAUGUUUGAUAUGUCUGGAACUGUUCCAUUGUUCCAUACAUUGAAAUACCUGACUAUUGAUAAUUGUAAAGGUAUUGAUGCCAACUCAUGGUUCAAUAAUCAUGAAAAUCUCAAAGAAUUUAGAAUUAUUCCCAACAAACUGGAUUCUUCUCUAGAUAGCAUGGAAAUGGUUCUUUCUGGACACCCAUCUAUAACUUGCAUCAGUGUUACUGCUUGCGAUAAUGUGACCAUUUUCCAGUGUAAGAAUUUAGAGGAGGUUCAUCUCUUGGAUUGUAAACUCUCUACCAUUUCAACAAACUUUGGAGAGUUCUGUAGAGGACUGAAAAUUUUGGAAAUUGAAAACACGCUUAAUCCAUCUUCAAUAGCACAUCUUGAUAUUUCCUAUUGCUACUAUGCGGAAUUCAGAACUUUUAAGAUAAUAUUUGAUAGAAUAUUAAGAGUUAAUCAUUUAAAUAUUAAUUCAAGUUAUUUAUUCAAUUCUAUUGCUGAUAAUUUGGAAAUUUCCAAUAUCUAUAUAGAAAAUCAAUUAACAGAAGAAAUUUGUUCAAUAGUAAGAAAAGCCAAAGUCAGUAAUAAUUUUGGAAUUACACAUCUCUCAAAAGAAUUCAGACCAAAACGACAAUUUGAAUGUCGUUCCAAUAAUGAAACGUUAAAUAUUGUUUCCAAUACUCUGAAAUCAGACACCGAAACUUUUGAUCACAUAGAAAAUUUUCUCUACUCUAAAACUUGUUCUCCUGCUGAUUUUGGAAACAUGUCCUUCCUUUGUUAUGAUGGGGAUUAUUCAGAUAGAUUGUUGAAAUCACAAACUAAUAGUCUAUUUAGAAACAUUGUAUAUCUUUCCAUCAGUUCAUAUGUUUCAGAGAUAGAACUAGACCUCAAUAGUAUGGUUAACCUGAAAGAGUUGUAUUCCUCAAGCCAUAAAGUUUCCCUAGAAGCUAAAAAUAUUACUCACCAAUCAUUGAGAUCGCUUGUUUUACUGAACCACUCCAAAAUUUCAAUCACAUUCAGUGAACUUAAAGCUCCAAAGCUAAUGCAUUUCUUUAUUAGUAGCAAUACAAGGAGUGGUUCUUUUAACCUAGACGAACGACAGGAAAAUACACAAAAAGUGGAAAUUGUGAAUUGCGAAUUUCCCUCAUUGAUAUUCCAUUCUCCAAUUGUGAAGGAUGAGUUUCUGAAUGAGAAGGUUAAAAGCUUGAAUAAUUUAUUGAAAGGUUUUUCUAGAAUUGAAAAAUCAACAGCAAACUCUUCUAAAAAUUUUUGUAAAUUAAUGUAA